AUGGGUAGGCUGCACCAGGUUUAUCUGGAGGGAAAGAUCUACAGCUGCCUGCACUGUCAGAGCCAUCUCGCUCUCUACGAGGACAUCGUCUCCAAGGUUUGGAAACGGCGCCAUCCUCUCCCCUUUUUUCCGCCUCUUUCCCUUAUUAAUCUUCCCUCUGACCUCCGCGCGGGCUUCCCUUUUUUCGUGCUCACAUGGAAUGCUUUUCCCGUAUUUAACUUCAGGUGGAGAUGUUAGGUGUUGGCAUCCUGAUUUGGAUUUCCCUGUGCUGAUUCCCUGGUUAGGCUUAUCUCUUCGGGGUUCAUUCUGAUUGUCGCCCCCCUCCCCCACUUCUUCUUCACAAUUAGUGUUUAUAGAGGCGGUUGAUUUCUUCAUGUUGAAUCUCUCGGGUGGUUGAUUUCGAGGAUCCAUAGAGGCGGAUUUCUCUUACUAUCUGCGAUUCUUAAGUCCCUGGCGCGGGGAGACGACGCCAUAGAGGCUCUAGAUUUCUCGUGGUUCGUACCUUCAUUAUACACCUGUUGCCAGUGAUCCCUCACGCCCUCGUUCUGUUCACCGAUUAGUUCACACACGCCACGGCAAGUUCUUGCUUGCUCAAGCGUGUAGCCAAUGCAUUCUCCCGUCUGUGGUCAUUUGUGAGUUAUUUUAUUUUCUCAUCAUAGUAUGGUGAAGAGUCACAUCGGCCUUGUGCUGCCUGCCCAUCGGACGAUGCUUGGGGAAGGGACGACUAAAUGGACCCUCCCCUCUCCCCCCACCGCCGAGGUGAUAACCUAAUUUUGCCUUGGUCUCGGCCCUCUAGCUGGGGGGGGGGGGGAGGGGGGGGGAUGUGAAGCCCAUGCAGAAGUCUAUGUGCCCCUCCCUUCGCCAAAAGGGAGUCUGUGGAUCUUCAUGCAUGCUACAUGGUACAUGGUAUUCCGAAGAUCAGCAUAUGAUUCACAGUACGAUGGAUGCCUGCUUGAGAAGGCAAGAUCAGGUUUCUAAAUGACCCACAAUCGGACCUGCUGAUGAGGUAGGCUGCACCAAAUGGCCACAAUCUAGUUCCUUUUUUAUCAUUUUUUGGUCUUUUUUUAGUGUUGAAUGAUGGUGUUGGCCGUUGGCAAAGAAGAGAGGAUCUCAAGAUAUAUUGGCCAUCCCCUCCCCUCCCCUCUCUCGGUGUAGCAAAACCUUGACAUUCGUCUGGUUCUCAUUGAAGCGUCUUCGCAAUCCAAUAGAGUGAUGGGAAUGUGUAGAUAAGUGGGGCGUCUAUCUCAUAAACAUUAUUGCAAUGUGUUUAACUAAUCCAUCGUAGGUGCUCGUGUCCGUCUGAAAACACCCUCGGAAAAAACUAGUGACUGUGACAUGUAGCGUGUACAAGAAUGUCUGUGCGUGUGGUCGCUGCUUGAGGAUGCUCUCCAUUCUGACUGCGUCCGUCUGCGUUUCUUCUUGCAGGAUUUCCAUUCCAGGCACGGGAAGGCCUACCUCUUCAACACCGUGUAUGUUUCCCAUUGAGCAGCUUAAUCAAUGGGAUACGAGGGAGGGAGAGAGAGAGAGAGACUGAGUUUUAAUGGGCGGUUGGCUGUGCUCCUUGUCUUGUGCGGGCAGUGUGAACGCUCGGGUGGGGCGCCAGGAGGAGCGGCUGAUGACGACGGGGAUGCACACCGUGGCGGACAUAUUCUGCAUCGGAUGCGGAUCCCUUCUGGGCUGGAAAUACGUACGUUGCAGUCGCCGUCGCCGUCGCCGUAGCCGUGUUGAUUCCCUGCAAUCUCGGCUCGGCCGUCGUCUGAUGCCCGCUGGGUGGACUUGCAGGUGGCCGCCCACGAGAAGAGCCAGAAGUACAAGGAGGGCAGGUUCAUCCUCGAGAGGUGACCCCCAACAGACUCCAUCUCCUUUCCAACCUCCGCACCAUUCGUCGCCGGGGGACGGACGCUCAAAAUUAAAAUUUUCGAGCCGCAGAUUAUGAGAUCGACGAGUCGACAUCUGGUUGAUGUUGAAGUGUUUGAGGUGAUGGGCGUGGUGGUGAGGUGGGUUUUUCUUGUGUCUUUGUUCUUGAGCAGGGCCAAAGUGACGGGGCCCGACGGCGGCAGCUAUUGGAUGACCCUUGAAGCUCAGGUCGUCGGAAGCGACGCCGACGACGCCUGA